CCACCGUGUCGCGCGGUGCACGGAGCCCGCCUUCCCGUCACGUGGCUCCCCUCUCCGCCCUCCCUCUCUCCUCGGCUCCAUAUUGGUUCUGAAGCGGGCGAGCUUGAUCACAAAAUGGAGGUUUCCUAGAGCUAAAAGAAAGGCUGAGUUAGAGUACCCUUCCAAAAUGGCUGCUAUUAAGGAAGAGAGAGAGGUGGAAGACUACAAGAGGAAAGGAAGACGAUCCUCACAGCAGAAAUACCGUAGACUGAAUAAGGGCCAUGAGCCAAAGGAGCCAGAGCAGUUGAGAAAGCUGUUCAUUGGAGGUCUGAGCUUUGAAACAACAGAUGAUAGCUUGAGAGAGCACUUUGAAAAAUGGGGCACACUCACGGACUGUGUGGUGAUGAGAGACCCCCAGACAAAACGUUCCAGAGGCUUUGGCUUUGUGACUUACUCUUGUGUGGAGGAGGUGGAUGCUGCCAUGAGUGCUCGACCUCAUAAGGUUGAUGGACGCGUGGUUGAACCAAAGAGAGCAGUUUCAAGGGAGGAUUCUGUAAAGCCUGGGGCGCAUCUCACAGUAAAGAAAAUAUUUGUUGGUGGAAUUAAAGAAGACACAGAAGAAUAUAAUUUAAGGGAGUACUUUGAAAAGUAUGGCAAGAUUGAAACCAUAGAAGUCAUGGAAGACAGGCAAAGCGGAAAGAAGAGAGGCUUCGCUUUUGUAACUUUUGAUGAUCAUGAUACAGUUGAUAAAAUUGUUGUUCAGAAAUACCAUACUAUAAAUGGACAUAACUGUGAAGUGAAAAAAGCACUCUCAAAACAGGAGAUGCAGACUGCUAGCUCUCAGAGAGUAAAAUAUUUUGUAGGUCGUGGGGGUGGCUCAGGCAACUUCAUGGGUCGUGGAAACUUUGGAGGCGGUGGAGGGAACUUUGGCAGAGGAGGAAACUUUGGUGGAAGAGGAGGCUAUGGGGGUGGUGGUGGCGGUGGUGGGAGCAGAGGAAGCUUUGGAGGUGGUGACGGAUACAAUGGAUUUGGUGAUGGGGGCAACUAUGGAGGGGGUCCUGGCUAUGGCAGCAGAGGAGGUUAUGGUGGUGGUGGAGGACCAGGAUAUGGAAACCCAGGUGGUGGAUAUGGAGGUGGAGGAGGAGGAUAUGAUGGCUACAAUGAAGGAGGAAAUUUCGGUGGUGGUAAUUAUGGUGGAAGUGGAAACUACAAUGAUUUUGGCAAUUACAGUGGACAGCAGCAGUCCAACUAUGGUCCCAUGAAAGGUGGUGGCAGCUUUGGUGGCAGAAGUUCAGGCAGUCCCUAUGGUGGUGGUUAUGGAUCUGGAAGUGGAAGUGGGGGCUAUGGUGGUAGAAGAUUCUAAAAAUGCUACCAGAAAAAGGGCUACAGUUCUUAGCAGGAGAGAGAGCGAGGAGUUGUCAGGAAAGCUGCAGGUUACUUUGAGACAGUCGUCCCAAAUGCAUUAGAGGAACUGUAAAAUCUGCCACAGAAGGAGCGAUGAUCCAUAGUCAGAAAAGUUACUGCAGCUUAAACAGGAAACCCUUCUUGUUCAGGACUGUCAUAGCCACAGUUUGCAAAAAGUGCAGCUAUUGAUUAAUGCAAUGUAGUGUCGAUUAGAUGUACAUUCCUGAGGUCUUUAUCUGUUGUAGCUUUGUCUUUCUUUUUUCUUUUUAUUUUCCCAUUACAUCAGGUAUAUUGCCCUGUAAAUUGUGGUAGUGGUACCAGGAAUAAACAAAUUAAGGAAUUUUUAACUUUUCAAUAUUUGUGUAGUUCAGUUUUUCCACAUUUAGUACAGAGAACUCUAUAACAGAAAUAAAAUGUAGUUUAGGGUGUUUCCUUGUUAGUUAAUAGAGAGGAUUAAUGCAUUUUCUCAAUUACUAUUUUGUAUUAAUUUAAAGUUAACAAUAGAAACACCUAUUGAUUUGCAGUCUUAAGGGGUCUAGUCUCAGUGUAUAUAUGUAACUGUCAUUGACAUGAGUUACAUAGGCAUACAGAGGGAGAACAUCUGUAUGUUGCAUUAUAGUUUGUUUAGAUGUAUAACUAGGACUGAGUUACUCAAAUUAGUGUUUGUGAAUUAUAGAACUAAGCUUUACCUUAAUGAAAAUUUCAAAUUACUUUUUUGGUUUGUGCAUAUUUUUUUAAUUUGUAGUUCUGUAUUAGUACUAGCGCUUCAAGAAAAUAAGGCAUGAUAAAUAUUUUAACAAGACCAACUUUAGACACAUUAAAGCUGUCUCCCGUCUCAUUUGAGAUGUACAAGGGAUAACCGCAGUUGCUUAAGUCUUGGGUGAAGAGAAAAAGGAACUUGCUUUUUACCUUUAUAUUUAUUGUAAUUCCCGAGAAGUUAAGGUGGGGGGAGUCAAGUGCCUGUUUCCUUGGGAUAUACAAUGAUUCUGUUUCAAUAAAACUAUACUUUGGGGAGGGUGGUUUGGAAUUUUCAUCCCCUUUGUCCCCGGUUCCCUCUCCCUCACACCAGACUGUGCUGUUGCGAUAAAAUAAGGUGUCAUAGUGAGAGUAAUAGGUGUGUUCCUCAAUAACUUAAUGGCUAUAUACUUUCUUGCAUGCACCCUAGGCAAUUUUCUGGACACAUUCUUCUGACUGGGAGCCAAGGGUAGCACAGGUGUAAUCACUGACAGUCCCAGGUAACGCGUUCCAAAAGCCCCUUCACCGUGGGCUCUGAGUAGUAUAGUUUUCAAGCCUUUGCCCUUGCGAAUGUCUGUGCUCAGCUGAGAGCUUGAAGAUGAAACAAAACACAAUCUAGUUGUAAUUUACUGAUUAGAAACACUUGCCACAAUGUAGAAUGGUACAGCAUGGAGUUCCCAAAGGUAGAAUGAUAGCGUGUGACAACUCGAUAUUUUUUAAUUGCACUGGAGUAGCAAAUCUUAUCAGCACAUGUGGCUAGAAAUUGUACCUCAUUCUCACUUCUGACCUCCAAAUUAAGGCACUGCAGCCUGUCCUUUUCUCAUCUGAUGCCAAUUCUCUCCACCAUUGCCAGGACAGUGCUUUCUGUCCAUUCAGGCUCAGAAGAGUAGGGAUGCAGUCAAUAGAAGAAAUGCUCAGACACUUGGCAAUGUGGUAAUGGAAUUACACCUGUCUCACUUCUGGGUCAAUGUGCAGUAUAAGGUAAAUGCAAUUCCAGUGUAGGAAUGAAUCUGCAAAGAUGUAUGAAAUGGGUCGAGGCAUCAUCAGUCAUAUUAAUAAUGAAUUAUAAUUUUAAGAAGUAGUAGAAUAAUGAGUGUGUUGUUUGAAAAAAAUUAAACAAUGUUAUUUAAACACUGUUAUUGGAGUGUAUUUAGACUGCAGUACGUUAAAACAAGGAACUGGUGUCAAGAUGGUAGCCUCCAAACUGGAUUUCAAAAGUCUGCUUAUUCUUUUCUGUGGAGUUUUAAAACAUCUCUAAAGCUAAAGCAAGAAUUGGUGAUUUAGUGAACACUUCUGUUGCUGUACAUACUAAUUUGGGCUUGGGGUGGGAGGGAGGCUGUGUUUCAAUAAAGGCAUUUUUUAAACAACCCAUUUGGAGUUUGAAAACAUGGAAACUAAAAUGCAACUCACUAGGGAGUGAGCCACCUAACUGCCGACUUGCUUUGUACAUUACUACGCUUAGAAGAUGUGUAGACUUGUACCUGGGGCCUGCACCUGGUUGCAGGGACAACAAGGAUGGGGUUGAUGUCCCUUCUGACAAUUGAUCUGGUAUUUCUAAAUUUUUUAGAAUGUAUUCACAGUGUUCUUUUUAACAGGGCCUCUUGUAGCUGUACUGUGACAACAAUGUUAACUUUGAACAAUAGUGUCAUAAUAAACUUUAUGAACAAGAUCUGUAUGCAACCUUUUAAGAGAUGAUGUAAGUGAUGGCUUUGUAGGCGGGUGGGGUAGCUUAGAUGUUGUCUGUGAAUGUGGAAAAGUGUAAGCCGUGAGGACAGUGAUUAACCAGCUUGAAAGAACCUAGGAUGUACUCCUGUGACCCAUACUUGCUAAGGAGACUCUUAAGACAGGACUUCAGCAGCCUAUUGAGUAUGGAGAAGUCAGCAUAAUUAAAGAAUGACGAGGCAGCAAGAGCAACAGCUUCAACUUCCAGAAAAGUGAAGGCAUAAGAUACUGUGCUGAUAGUGAGCAGCUUCCCAAAGGCUAGUUAAAUCUGCUUAUCACAGCUGAAAUAUCGAAGAAAGUCUAGCAAGAGUUCUUCACCCUUUGGAACCUCCUUGAGUGAUAGCUACUUGAGUUGACUCAAAAUCAAUAGGUCUAGCAUUUAGACCUGAAAGGAAGGGCAAUGAGCAUAGGUAAGGUUUGCCUUUAAAAUUUUUCAUGAAUUAUAAAGAGUAGCGGGGGUUUUUUGAACGAGGUAAGAGUAAUUUCUUUAAUUUUCAGGUUGAAUGAGAAGCUGCUGCUUGACAAAAUGGGGAAUGUCUUGCACAUCCUCUUCAGUUGAAGGUUUCUGACUGGGUAAGAUUUGUAGUGUAUAGUAAACCACUUGUUUAACCCUUACUUCCUUCUAGGCUUUCCUUUGCCAGCCUCAAGGAAAGCCUUAAGUACUAAGGAGCAAGUACUCCAGUAUCUCAUCCAGCACUCCCUGUUCUGGGUGAGGGUUUCUUGCUGGUAUCAUUGCUAUUCAAGAGUCUUCUGUUCCUGGCAGGUACAAAGCUGGUGUGUGUCUGAGAUCAACAAGAGAGAAACAAGAAAUGCUUUGAACUAUGUGCUGUAAAAGUUACUGGGGUGCAUGGGGGAGGAGGGCAGGAGCCAGGGGAGAAGCUGUUUUUCCUUUGAUGGAAAGAGGUGUUCUGCAGAGACCCAGUCAGGGAAGAUGGGAAACAGUCCAUGCCAAGUCUCAUGGGAACAUGGUAAAGGUGCUUUGCACUGCUCAGGGCAGUAAGUUCCUUCCCUGGUAAACAUGUCUCUGGGUUUUCAUUUGUGCAGUGCUUCCAGGCAGGGGGCUUUAUUGGCGGCUGAUGCCAUCAUGUGAAGCCUGGCUGGAAGCACAGCUGUGUUAUACAGAUGAAUGGCAUUAAGGGAAUCUUUCAUCAGCCUGUUUUAAUGCAGAUUGGUUCUUAACUCUUGGAACAUGUAUUUCCUUUUCUGUGUCUUUGGUCGCUACAGGCCUGGAGUAUUUUUAGCCCCUUUUAUAUUUAGAGUAGCCUAGUACCUAUUUAAACUUGGCAAUAAAUUUUUGAGUCUGCAUUAGUUUUGUGAAGUCAGUUUCUAUUUUAGCAUGGGUUAUGCUUCAGUUACUGAGAAAAUAAAGUCAAACAGAACCCCUGCAUUUCAGUUUUAACCUGGAGCUUGGGCAUGUUCAGAGGCUGACUUCAGUAUUUAAACUUGCUGCUUGCUGUCCCUAAAGAUCCAGAAAGCAAACUCAUGACAUUGUAACUUAGAAUUAAGUUGAAAGUAACUUACAGUGGUGAUUGAUGCUGAGAUUUUCAUGUAAUCAGGAGCUACUUAAUGGAAACCUCGCAAUGACUGUGUUUUUGGCAAAUGUUGAUAAAUGUUUUUGCUUAGCAGAGGUUGAACCAGAAUUUGAAUCUGGUGCAGUAAAGUCACAGUCUCCUUAGUGCAGCAUAAUGUGCUGGCAGUGAGCUGCUGAGCUGACAGCUUGCUGUCUUAUGCCUAGGGUGGGAAUACCUUUGCUUUUCCUCUGCUAGGCAUGGUUUCCUUGUGAGCUCACCUGUACAUGGCACCAAGUAAGUGGGUUAGAGCAGCAGUGUGUUUCUGCUGAGGGCAAAAUGCUUCUGUUCAUGGAGGAGAGGGGAAAUGUUCCUGGUUUUUAACAGUAGAAUCCUGAAAAUGUUUUAACAAAAACUGCUUUGCAUCCCAUUAUUAGGCCUGUGUGUAGAGCACAGCUCAGCCUUAGUGUGAGAGGAGUCUGUGUUGCUGCAGACUUGUUCUGUGCUCUGGAGGGGUUUUUUUGCACCACACGUAGAACUAGAUGGUCAUGGUCAGAAUUAUGUUCACCCUUUGAUUUAUAACACUCCUUUUAGACUAAUUUGCUUAAUUUCAAUUGUUCAUACCCCAGUUUGUUCAGAAGUAAACCUUGUCAAAGGUAAACACGUGUAUCUUUGCCCAAGAGGUGCUUCCAAGAGUUAAGAAUUCUGGUUUGUGGAUAGGUUUUUCUACAGUGGCUGCUACUGAAAUAGCUGUAAAUGGAGAUGUAAAGUCAAUGAUGCAUUGGUCCCUAAGCUGCAGUUCUUACAGAAGUUUAUUGCUGCUUAAACCUGUCUCUUAAUCUAAAAGCAAAUACUACUUCAAGAAGUAAAAAUGUAUUUCCCCAAAAGGGGCCCAGGUUGAUGUGGAUGUGAUGACUUUUGUUAUUGUAAAACCCUGAAAUUAAACACAGCAUCUUAACUUUGGUAUCAUUAAAAUACGGUGGGAAGGGGAAUGCUCCUCUCUUUCAAGCACUGGUUUUGUGAUGUACUGACUUGCUGUCUUUGGUUCCUGUGUUCAAGACAUUAAUGUGUUUUCAUAAGACUGUCUCACCACAGUGGAAUAUUCACUUACAUAUUGGUCUGUGGUCUCUGAUGGGUGUUUGUGUCUUAAACUUUGUGGAGCAUGAAAGAUCUUGAGUAUCUCUGAAAUUCAGGUAUCUGAUGGAUGGUUCUUUUUCUGCUGUGGGUGCUACAGGUUGACAUCUCUGUCUAAGAUUAGCUUUUUCCUGAACUUAAAGUAACCCAAGUAUCUACGUAGAAGAAAAAUGGCCUUCAUGUCGAAGAUAAUAUCGCAAGAUUGGAAACAGAAUAAUACGUUAUAAUAACUGGCAAAGACUUGAAGGGCAAUGGUGCCAGUGUACUGAGAUCUUAGAACUUGUGCUUAAACAAGUUUGAAAGUAGUAUGGGAAUUUAAAAUUUUCAGUAUAAUCCAUACUGGAUUGAAAUUUGUUUAAAAUAUUUCCAUUUUGUAUCAGAAUAAAGUGUAUGCUGUCAAAUGAA